AUGAUGCUCUUCACAUGUGUGUCCGACCUGAUCGAUAAGUUGACGAAGGUUUAUACAAGCUUGAGGUGCUCUGGCGAUGAGCCAUAUGAGCUUGUACCGAUCUGCUUCGAACCUGUUGAAGUUCCCGUAAGUAACCAUGAGAUGGCGCCAUGUACACAGAUUCCUCCCGUGAUGAGCAUCGAUGACGCUGCCGCAAGCAGACCUGUUGCUGAAAUUGUCCCACGUGUUGAGACGAGCGAGACUACACCGUGUUCAGGUGAACAUCACUACCAAGAAUUUCCCGAUAACGGUGAAGUGGUUUUGACAACAGCGUCCGUCUUCUACAAGGUCAGAGAUUGGUGCAUAAAACGUGUGUGUAGCUCAAAGCCCAUUGAGCAGUUCUUCUACCACAUCAACGGUGGCGCCGGGACCGGCAAAUCUCAUCUCAUCAAGUGUAUCCACGCUGACGCUACCAAAAUACUGCAGAGACUACCACGACUGGCUGAGGAGGCCGACAUUUCCAAGCAAACGGUUGUUCUCGCAGCUUUCACUGGCACGGCGGCGUUCAACAUUUCCGGGGCAACGUUGCAUUGUCUACUCAAACUGCCGAGAAGUCUCAAACCCCCGUACCACGGGCUGGGCAAUAAACUGGACGAAGUCCGAGCCGAGCUGUCCAUCGCCGAAAUACUCAUCAUCGAUGAGAUUUCCAUGGUGUCGAAAGACCUCUUCGCCUACGUGAAUGCCAGGUUGAAACAAAUCAAAGGAAUUAAUUUACCUUUCGGUGGCAUGUCUGUUCUUGCUGUUGGAGAUUUCUUUCAGCUCCCUCCCGUGAGACAGUCCAAACCUCUGUGCGUGUACGAUCCUACGCGGCUGGACCACUGGCGUGACGACUUCAAAAAGAUCACGCUCACCGCCAUCAUGAGGCAGAAAGACGAUGUCGCCUUUGCCGAACUGCUGAACCGACUCCGCGUCAAAGAAAAGUCAGAUGAACUGUCGGAAAUGGACAGAGCUCUCCUUGCCACGAGGUGGAUGGCCAUAACUCUGCGAUGCUGGAACUGCUUCAUAAGGACAUUGUGCAGAUUGACGCGGAUGACUACAAGAAAGACAAAGGAACUGGCAGAAUGGCAAGACUGGAGGAGAAGCUGAACAAGGCUGGAGUGACGCGCCGACAGUUUCCCAUCAAGCUUGCUUUUGCCUGCACGAUCCACAAGGUACAAGGCAUGACAACGUCACAGGCUGCAGUUUCGCUGAAAGGUGUUUUCGAACACGGCAUGGGGUACGUAGCUCUGAGUAGAGUGACUUCGCUCAGUGGUCUGCAUAUUCUGCAUAUGGAUGAGAGAAGGCUUCAUGCAAAUCCACAAAUCACUGCUGCUCUUGCUGAGAUGGCAGAGGAUUCUUUGGAGAGCGUCAUGCCCCUCCUUCACGUGAUGCCGUCGGUAGAUCGGGCAAAUCACCUGGUUGUCGUCCAUCAUAACACCGAAGGGCUGUCUUGUCACGUGCAAGAUAUCGUGUCUCAUCACGAACUGCUUUUCGCUGAUGUUUUGUGCUUCACAGAGACACACCUCCAAGGAUCAGUGGCCGAUGGACGUGCUUGCUUGGAAGGCUACACGAUGUUUUGCAGGAACCGAAGUGAUUCUUACACAAACUGUCCUGACUUGGCGACAAAACGUGGUGGCGGCGCCUCCAGGCAACAGUCUGCGCACUUUUCUGCCAAGCUUGGGAAAUCUCUUGCGGUACCUUGAAGUAAUGGAGCAUCAUCAGAUCUUGGUAUGUGGAGAUUUUAAUGAAGAUAUGCUAUCUGCCUCAUUCAAGCCCAUUCUUGAUUUGUUCCGCUCGAAAGGCUACACGCAACUCAUAGCCACUGCUACCACUGACAAAAACACAUUGCUUGACCUCAUUUUUGUCUCUCGACCUCAGUGUGCCCUUCAUUCAGGUGUCCUGCAAACGUACUACAGCUAUCACAAUCCUGUUUUCUGUGUUUUGACCAGUGAAAGGUAAGUCACAGCUAAAUCAUGCGGUUCAGCAUUUUCUAAAACAACAAGGAUGGAAAUCGAAACGUGAAUGGUGUCGUAAGUGUAUAAUAAUAGUGGUGGGAUGCGGUGGGUGAUUUGUUGACUUGAGGAGAGA